CGUAUGGAUUCCCAUGUCGCCGGGCGCAGGCAUCAGCGACUCUCAGGGCAAGCGUCGGCGGCGACGCAGGGUCAGACAGACGCAGCACAGAGCAAUGGAGGUGGUACAGCCCCGGAUCCAGCUGUCACGCCCACCAGUGUGCCUGCAUUGUCCACCACCGGAGUGAUGUGCUCUUGUGGAGAGCUCAUCAGGCUGCGCAACAACGAACAGAGGGAGCGCCAUCUGCAGGGGAGGCGCCAUCUAGAUGGGCUACAGCGCAUGGAUUCCCAUGUCGCCGGGAGCAGGCAUGGGGCCGAACACAGCACGCAGGGCCAGACAGUGCCGCGUUCACUCAGACUCAGCACAGAGCAAUCCGGGCAGCGCAGACCCCGAUCCAGCUGCUACGCCCAGCAGUGUGCCUGCAUUGUCCACCAUCGGAGUGAUGUGCUCUUGCGGCGAGUUCAUCAGACUGCCCAAUAACCAAUACAGGGAGCGCCAUCUGCAAGGGAGACGUCACCUGGAUGGGCUACAGCGCAUGCGUCACUCCCAAGGUCCCUCCCAGGCCUCCGAGCCGGGCCCAGCACCGGCCCCGACUACCGACGAAAGAGGCAGGCGCGCGCACAUACCCUCCACGACAGUCCGCUGCGACAUUUGCAGCAUCCUUCUGGACGACAUGCCCGCGUACGAGGCGCACAAGCAGGGCGACGCGCACCGGCGCGCUCUAACAGAGCUCGCCUUCGCGUCUGCCUCUGCCACGAGCAGCUCUACUGCCGCGUACAUCCGCUGCCCCGUCUGCGAGCGCGACCUACCCGCGGCGCGCUGGGAGGCGCACGUCGCGCGCGACGCGUACCACCGCUGGCGCGAGCAGUAUGCGGACGUCACCGCACAGGUGCGGUCCGCGGAGAUGAACCGCAACGGAGUGUCCGUGACGGGGGAGGCUGGCGGCAUCGACUUUGGGACGCUCGAGGCGGAUGCGGUGCAGGGGACCUCGGUUGAGCAUACGGUGGAGGUGACGGUGUCGAACGACGAACCGGGGAGCCUGAUCACACUCCAGUCGGCCAGGUUCACCUCGUCGUAUAGAGACAGACCCGGAGGCUCCAGCUUCUCUGCACUCCUCCGCGGCGCCUCGCGCUUCGUGAACUACGGCAAACCGCGUAUGGUCGUCGUGACGUUCCACGCCUCGUACGCCGGGCGCUUCGACGACACGCUCGAGCUCGAGUUCCACGACGUGCGCCGACGCGAGCGCUUCCUGCUCCUGCGGCGGGUGCUCGCCGUCGUCGGGCCCGCCGCGGACUACGCCCUCCUCGCAUCCAUCGCGCGCGGCUCGUACCACCGCCCGCUCUUCGUCCCGCACGAGCCUACCCCGCACGCGGUCCCCACCCGCCGCCCGCCGACGUGGAGCAAGGUCCGCUGGGCGGUGAAGCUGCCGGAGUUCCCGGUGCCGAAGGCAUUGAUGAGGGUGUUGAACACGAUGGAUGGGAGGGGGAGCGUGGAGCAGAUACGUGGGAGGCUUUUGCCGAGUGUGUUGAAUAUGGGGACAUAUGGCAAGUUCUUUAGCACACUCCUCCAUUCGGAGGAGUGGCAACAGAGUGUUAACUUGUCUCGCUCCAACCUCUUCGAUGCCCCUAUCACUGCAGUGGGCAGUCGCUACAAGCUACCGAUCCCCGGCCUCAUCGAGGGCAAGCCCACCCUGCGCGUUGGCGACACAAUCCUCGUCUGCAAGUCUGACGGAAGCAACACCUGGCAUGAAGCCGUCAUCCACCAGGUCAACCUCGUCGACGUGAUCUUGCGCAUUAACCCGCAGUUCAAACUCUUUCCGGGUCGACGUGCAGGCAAGAUAGACGUGAAGUUCCAGCUAAAUCGCAUGCCAUGGCGCAGGCGCCAGCAUGCGGUUCUGCUGGACAACAACCAGGCGCGGAUCCUUUUCCCAACUCCUGAACACACCGAGGAUCUGCGUCGCCCCACGGCAGAGGAUAUCGACGCCUUGAGUUUCGACGAUGCCACGCUCAUAGACAACUAUGAGCAGAAGGAGGUUGUCGCUGCAAUUGUCAAUGCCCCUCCGGGCAGCGUCCCAUUCGUGGUGUUCGGCCCGCCCGGCACCGGCAAGACUGUGACCCUCGUGGAGGCCGCGUUACAGAUCCUCAUCAACAAUCCCAACGCGCGGCUGCUCCUGUGUGCGCCGACCAACGAAGCAGCCGACCUGAUAGCAUCCAAGCUGAUGAUUCUCGGGCCCAGCCAGCUUUUCAGGCUCAACGCCCUCUGGCGACCUAUGAAAGGCGGGUUACAAAUGAUGCUCAAGGACUUCUGCUUGAUCAACGGGAACAAGGUGUACGCCAUUCCUGAGGUAGAGAUUCUGAAGAAGGUCAGAGCCGUUGUGACGACGUGCGUAUCCGCGGGCGUCCCGAAUGGCCUGGGCAUCGAGCGCGGGUGGUUCACGCAUGUGUUCGUCGACGAGGCGGGCCAGUGCAUGGAGCCCGACAUUAUGGUCCCGCUCAAGCUGCUAGCGGACGCGGAGACGAACAUUGUUCUUGCGGGAGACAUCAAGCAGCUCGGCCCCGUCAUCCACUCGAGCAUUGGUCGCGAGCUCGGCCUCGGGUACCCCUACAUGGAGCGGCUGUUGAAAAUACCCGUCUAUGACUUGAACCUCUAUGGUGGCAUUACGAUUACGAAGUUGGUCAAGCAUUUCAGGUCACACCCCGCGAUCAUCGGGAUUUCGAACAGGCUGUUCUACGCGAACGAGUUGCAGCCCCUCGGCGACAAGGCAAUCACUCACAGCAUGCUUCGGUCGACAUGUCUGGAUGGCUUGAACCCCCAGUUCCCUGUCGUGUUCCACGCCAUCAGCGGGACGGACGAACAGGAGGCGGGUUCGCCGUCGUACUUCAACAAAGCGGAGGCGUCGCUUGUUGCGAGAUAUUGUGAGGAGCUCGUCGCUGACCUGAAGGUCCCUCUCAGUGCGAAGGAUAUCGGAGUCAUCAGCCCCUAUAGUGCGCAGUGCAGCAAAAUUCGCGCGCUGCUGGGAAGGCGCUCGACUCAGCUGGAGGGUGUGAAGGUGGGUACCACGGAGGAGUUCCAGGGCCAGGAACGCCGAGUCAUCAUCAUCUCGACCGUGCGCAGCAACCCCGCCCACGCACUCAGAGACGUGCGACAUCGGUUGGGCUUCGUAGGCGAUCCUCAGAGGUUCAACGUUGCUAUCACCCGGGCACGAGCACUCCUCAUCGUUGUUGGCGACCCGAAUAUCCUCGCGCUCGACCCUGUCUGGAAGGAAUUCCUGGCUUAUGUGAAGAGGAACCGCGGGUGGAGAGGAGUGGAUGUCUCAUUCGGGGACGGAUCGGAUUCAGACGAAGGCAUCUCUGCACAGACCGCGGCUCAGCAAGAUGUCCAGGAGUUGAUACAGAGACUGCGGUCCUUGACGAUGGAAAAUGCUGACAGAUGGAGGGUCCCGGAACCAGACUCUUCCGACUCGGAGCCGGACGAUGAGGCGUAUGAUGAUAGGCCUGCGGACUUGGAGGAGUGAUGCUCAGUUAGUCGUCGCAACAGCACUUCGUGGUCACGGCGCAUCAUACCAUGAC